UGUUCCUUCGCUCCUCACACCCUCUCCGCCGCUCAUCUCCUCUCUGCCGCCGCCGGCACCCAUCGCACUCGCUGCCGGCUUCUUCUGUGCGCUGCCUACGCCGUUGCCUGCGACUCGCGCACUUCUGCGCCAGCUCGAGCUUGUCUUGGGACGCGUCGCGCUUGGUUGGCGCGCUCACGUUCCGGAGCUCCACCUCCUCGCGGCCGCCCGCCAGUGCGAUCGUCUGUGCCGUCGGCCUUCGACGCUUGCUCCACGCACAUGACCGUCUCGCCGCCGCGCUCGUCGGCGCGCCGACCCUAUCCCUCGAGCCCAGACCCCGCAGCGCCCAUGCCGGCCGCCGAGGCCAUGCCCAGCGGCAGCGGCAGCAGUAGCAGCACGUCUGGCAGCAGCCGGCCUCUGCCUGGCGGUGCCUCAGGCAGCAGCAGUGCGACGCUCCCGGUACUGGCACAGCUGCAGCAGCUCGAGCAUGCCGGCAGCAGCAGCGGCGGCAGCGGCGGCACUGCCGGCGCCUCCUUCAAGCGUGCACGCACCGCCAGUCCUGCGACAGACGACGCCAGCAGCAGCGAGCCCGACGUAGAGCGCCGCACCACCUUCGGCCGCGCCUACUCCGAGUCGUCUGAGUCGGUCGCAGACGGCGAUGCUGCGGCAGCAGCGCCUGGGCAGAGCCAAGCCUCGGCACUGCCCACGCCGCUGCGCCUCAGCUUCGCGCAGCAGAGCCUCGACAACUCUGCAGCGGCCGAGGCGCCCGCCGCUGACGCCAGCAUGGCCGAUGCAUACAAAUCCAUCUCCGCGGAGCCGCCAAGCUUUGGCGCAAGUGCUGCGCCGGGCAGCUUGGGCGCGCUGCCCUCGUACAGCGACGCCAUGCAGCAGUCUGUCAGCUGCCACACGCCCGGCUCGCUCACGCCUGCGCUGCCCGACGGCUCGGCUGAUGGCGCAGGCGUCGCACCUGGUCUGAGUCCCGAGCUGGCGGCACGUAUCAAGGCGCUGUGCAACGAGCCGCUGGCGCUGGACCAGCGCUGGUACGUCGUCUCUGCUCGCUGGUACGCCGCCUUCGAGAAGGCCUGUGCGGCCGCUGGCGAAGGCUCUGCCGACGCGAAGAAGCUCACGGACGAGGUCGACAUCGCUGCACCCGGGCCCAUCUCGUCGCUGGAUCUGCAGGACGACCGAGCGCAGCUGCGCCUGAACCUCGUCGAGGACGAAGACUUUGUGCUGCUGCCUGAAGUGGCCUACGCAAGCCUCAGCAUUCAACUCGGCGAGAAGCAGCCUGAAAUUGUGCGCAGCGUCAUCAAGGGCUUUGGCGGCGAGCUGCGAGUCGAGCUCUACCCGCCGAGCUUCCGCCUCUACCAGCUGCCGAAGCCGAACAGCGGCCCCGAUGCGCCAGUGCGGGCGCCCGUGCGCGCCGACUUCUCCAUCACCACGCCCAUCAACGCUCUCAAGUUCGCAGCGAAGCGUACUCUGCUCCUCGACGAGAGUAUCGCGGACGCAGACGUACGCUUCUGGCGUUUGCCAGCUGAUGACUCCGUGGGCAACGGCUUCCUGCCGCUGCCUCUCGGUGCCGACGUGCUUGUGCAUGACGCUGUGGAGCUCAUCAAGUGCGGCGAAGACGAUGGCGUGAAGCGGAGAGACACGCUGCGCGAGCUGCAGCUGGACGAGCCCGUCAUUCACCUCGCGGUCGAGCGUCGGGGCCCGAGCGGUUGGCUCUACGACCAGAGCGGCCGCGCGGCUCUCCCUUCCGUCAAAGGCAUCUUCGCCCAGGCUCCCGGCGGAGACUACCUCGCCUCACGCUUCCAGAGCACGACGGCUCCGCCGCCGCCGCCCAGGCCUCUCAUGUCCAACGUCAACACACUCGGCUCCGCGAGCGGCUCAGGUCAGAGUGCCUUUGGCGCAGGGCGCGUAACGCGCUCGCAGACGAGCCAGGAGCGCCACUCGGGCCCGCGCGGCCUUACCGGCCUGUACAACCUCGGCAACACGUGCUUCAUGGCGAGCGCGCUGCAGUGCCUCUCGAACACCGUCGAGCUGCGCCAGUACUUCGUGACGGGCGUGUACCGCGGCGAGAUCAACGCCGACAACCCGCUCGGCAUGGGCGGCCAGGUCGCGAUGCGCUUCGGCGAGCUGCUUGAGAAGCUCUGGGCCGGCGGCAAUGGUGCCGUGCAUCCGCGCGAGUUCAAGCAGACGCUCUCGCGCUUCGCGCCGCAGUUCUCCGGCUAUGCGCAGCAGGACACGCAGGAGCUGCUUGCCUUCCUGCUCGACGGCCUGCACGAAGACCUGAACCGCAUCCGCAAGAAGCCGUACGUCGAGGCGCCGGACUGGGAGGGCGGCGACGAGCGUGAGAUGGUCGCGUUCGCCAAGCGCCAGUGGGAGAUCUACAAGAUGCGCAACGACUCCGUCAUUGUCGAUCUGUUCCAGGGCCAGUACCGCAGCACGCUCGUGUGCCCCGAGUGCGACAAGGUGUCGGUCAAGUUUGACCCCUUCAUGUACCUCACGCUGCCCGUGCCCAACCGCAAGAAGAUCUCGCGCAAGGUGCACGUGCAGCCCGCGGAUCCGACGCGCCCAACUUACGAGCUCGAGGUCGGCGGCUCGGCAGAGACCACGUACGCGCAGGCGAAGGAGCGGAUCGGAGGCUGGCUCGAUAUCGACCCAAAGAGGUUUGCACCUGCCUGCGAUAUCUUCAGCGGACAGAUCUACGCGGCAAUUCCGGACUACGAGGCGCUGGCAAGCAUCGCCCAGAACGACUACAUCUGCCUUUACGAGCUGGAGGGCGAGUACACGCCUCCAACUGCCGAGGUCAUGCGCGACCACGGCGGCGAGGACGGCAAGCCGCCAGUCGAGGAGUACGCAACGCUGCCGGUGUUCAGCGUGCUUGGCAAGGACUACGGUCGCAAGGACACCAUCGGCGUGCCGUUCUUCAUUUCCGUACCUCGUGCCCACGUGAGCGACGAGGCCUACAUUCGCGAUGUGCUCAUCUCCAAGUUCAUGCGGCACGCCACCAGCGAGGGCGCAGAGAUCCUCGAGGAGUACCGCACGAGCAGCUCGGCCGCUGCAGCCGGUCAGCAGCAAGAGCAGGCCGCGCCGCCGGCCGGUGACUGGGAGAUGGUUGACGCUGAUGCGGCGCCGCACGCGACUCCACCGCAAGCCGACCCGAGUGUCGCCGAUCUUCCCUCGAGCGAGGAGAGCACGCCGCCUGUGCCUGGCUCCUUUGACGCAAGUGGCAGCGCAAACCAAGCUCCCUCACGGGAUGCGAACGGCUUCGACGGCGCCCAGGCGAUUGCCGAGGACGCCAAUGCGGUGUCGGCCUUCCAGCCGCUGGAGAACGCGUCGCAGCCGCGGCGUCAGAAAGCACUCUUCACCGUCUCGUUCACAGCGCGGCGUGAGCGCGAUUCAACCUUCCCUCGGAGUGGCGACAACGUCGGCGAGCCUCUCGCGGAGCGCAGCGCAAGACGUCAAGCGGCUCUGUCUUCCGCUGCUGGCACCGCGUCGCCUCCGCAAGAUGCAGACGAGACGAUCAUGGCUGACGCCGCCGGAGCGGAGCCGUGGCCGCUGGUGUACACUGGCGGAGCCCUGGUCUGCACAUGGUCGCACAACGCAAGCACUGCUGUGUUUGGGUCCGACAUUCCGACCAAGCACCCAUGGGGCGCGAGCGAGAAGGUCGUCGAUCCCGACCUCGUGCGCGAGCGCGAAGAUGCAGCAAACCGCGGCGCGGGCUACCGCGCUCCGCAGCUCUCAAUCGACGACUGCCUGGACGAGUUCACAAAGGAGGAGAAGCUCGGCGCCGACGACCCGUGGUACUGCCCGACGUGCAAGGAGUUCCGGCAGGCGACCAAGAAGUUCGAUCUCUGGAAGGCGCCCGACAUCCUCGUCGUGCACCUGAAGCGCUUCAGCGGCGGGCGCAUGCAGUCGCGCGACAAGAUCGAAGACCUCAUCGACUUCCCGAUCGAGGGCCUCGACCUGACGCGCCGUGUCGAGGGCGCCAAGGCCGUCGCCAACCUGCAGGCGCGCGGCGAGGAGGUGCCGUCGGUCUUCAACCUGGCUGACUCCGUCGGCAGCGUCGCAAGCGACCUCAAUGACGACGCCGUGGCUGCCGAUGCACCGAUCUACGAUCUGUACGCCGUCGACAACCACUUUGGCGGCCUCGGCGGCGGCCACUACACGGCCUUUGCCAAGAACGCCGAGGACGGCCUCUGGCACAACUACGACGACUCGAGCGUCAGCCUGGUCGCCGAGCCCGAGCGCGUCAAGACCAAGGCGGCCUAUCUGCUCUUCUACCGCCGCCGCACUACCCGGCCGAUCGGCGGCAAGUCGCGCGAGAAGACGGACGUGGCCGUCAGCCGCGGCAGCACGGCCACGCUCAAUGAGGCCUCGAGCGACGAGGCCUACACGCCCUUCUCGAGCGGCACCGACGCGACGAUGCGCGACGUGCGCGGCGCGACGCCGGCGCCCUUUGCGACGAUGCCCUCGUCGCUGUACGUCUCGAGCGGUCCGAACGACGGCCUCUACCCCGACGACGAGUACGACCUAUACGGCCCGGCGCAGCCACCGACGCCGGCGGCCUACGACUCUGACGCACCCGGCGAUGCCAGCCGCGUGCCCUGGGCGGCGAGCACGUUUGCGCCGCGUCGCAACUCGCAGGCCAGCACCGCCAGCGCCGAGGCAGCGUACGACUCUUCGCCCGGCUCGCCGAACAUCGACUCAAGCCGGCGCUCGAGCUUUGACUCCCGGCCGCACGGUCCCGGUCCCAGCCUGGACGACGAGGAAUUUGAGGUGGAGUCUGACUGAAGCAGUCUGCCUGCAGACGUGCAUCGUCGCCAGCAGCUCCUCGCCGUCUGCUCCCGCUCUGACUAGGUACGCCGCGCCGCAUCGCUCGACGAGAGCCGCACACACCACACCAGCAUGCCACCCCAUGACAUGGCGCAAUACCACAUCUAGAGGAGACCGCUGUCACCGCGAGCCUGUCUGCUGAACCUCGGCUGGCAUGAGGCUUGCUGCGCGCUUGGAUUUGAUGUCAUUAGAGGUUCGUCAAUGCGUGCGAGUGGCAGGGGUGCGCGUCCCUGCGGGUGAUGCCCUCGUGGCAUGAGGCACCGGCGCUCAGCGCUUGCCGGCCUUGAUCUUCUCGAGCUCGAGCUUCC